AUGGAUAAUUAGUACAAUCCAUUUUAUAACAAUUCUUUGGAAGCUAAUAGAAAGACUAAUUUCUUAGCAUCAAAUGGAAAAAGAGUAGUAUAAGAACAAAAGGAACAAAUACUGCUAAAGGAAGAAAAACAGAAGUAAGAGAAGGCCCAAUAAAUUCAGUAUGAAAGAAAAUUGCUGAAUCAAGAGCCGGUGCCUGUUUAUUUGUAAAGGGAUGAUCGGUAAUAAAAGAUAACUGCUUCGGAGAGGAAAGAAAUUAUAAGGAAUUUAGAGAAUGAUGCCAUUAAAAAUUCAGAUGGAGGAUUCUUUGCCAAGGUUUUUUAGUAUAAGGAUAACAAAGACUAAUAGAAAUUACAAUAAAAAUAAGCUUACAUUGAAGAAAUAUAAAAAUAAAUUGAUGAGAAGAAAAGAAAGAAGGAAGAAGAGAGAUAGAGAAAGAUGGAAGAGGAUCGACAAUACGAAGAGAGAAUCAUAAAGGAAAGAGAGGGGAUGAAUUAAAAUUCAGUGAUUAAGGACGAGGAUAAAAAAUAAAUAAUCAAAACAGUAAAAAAUAGGCAUCUGUUGUAAUAGUACGAUGAAUCUAAAAUGAUAUUUAAUGAGUUUGAUGAAUAAUAGACUAAUUUGACAAACAAUAAUAUUGUUCCUAACUAUUUGAAAGAAAACAUAAAGGAUGUGGAUGAUAAAUUUGAAUAGGACUUGAAGAAUAAGACUAAUCCACAUACGCCGUUUACAAAGUUGUAAUCCCAAAGAACCUUACAGGAUUAGAAUCCCAUCAAUAUUACCUAUAAUCAUCCUAAUACAGCUGGAAAUGCACAAAACAAUAGGUCAUUUAGAAACAACUCUCAACACAAUAACUAUUAAUAGAAUAACUAACAAUUACAAAUGCAAUAUGAAUAAUAAUAGAUGUAGUAGCAGUAUCUACUCUAAUAACAAUAUUAUCUUUAACAACAAUAGUAGUUUUAGAAUUUCUAAUAACCCUAACAGUAUCACUAAUUUGAACAAAAGCCAAUAAUUCCUCAAUUGAUGGAGAGAUUCCAAAGAGAAUUUGAAGAUCUAAAAAUGAUGAAUAGAAUUAAGAGUAAGGAGUAGGAAGAAGGGAUUGAUAAAUUGAGAGAACAGAUUGAGAUGCAAUCUUAAAUGUGGAAUGAUGAUCUAAGAAAGUUAAGGGCUGAAGUUCAAAUUAGUGCAGAAUAAAAGAAUAAAGCAUUUUAUGAGUUAGAACAUUUGAAGGGAUAGCUAAAGAGAUAGGAAUUAUUCGAAGAAGCACAAUAUAAUAAUGCACAUCAACAAGCUAAAUAGAGUGAUGCUUGGCGUAAGCAGGACAAGAAGUUGGUUACUGAAAAUGAGUAUUAGAGAAGUUAAAACUAAAGUAGACAAUAGAAGUUUGAGGAAAAUUUUAAUUUUUAUAAUUCAUUUGAAUAAGAGGAAUGA